GAAGCAAGGCAACUUUACUUCGCAAAUGAAUGAACAAAACAUUACUUUACCCUUUCCUCAUCCAAAUUGACGCACAAUCCUGAGCCUCUUUUUAACCUCUUUUUUGGUCUCUCUUCUCCUAACCAAGCCAUGUCUUCCAAUCCCUUUUCUCUCUUCGGCCUUUCUUGCCUUAUUAUCUUUCAUCUUCUCAACUUUCAUCUUCUCAACUUACCAAUAUCACAAGCAGAUAUCCCUCUGUUCAGUCUCAACUCUCCUGUCUCCCCAAAAACCAUUUGCAAGUCCACCCCAUUUCCUUCGUCUUGCAUAUCUAUACUCCCCAAUCGCAAUGCCAAUGUCUAUGACUUCGGCAGAGUUUCGGUGCAGCAUUCAAUUUCUCAAUCCCAAAAGUUUCUCAUUUUGGUAGACAAACAUCUCCAAGGUAGCUCCACUUUGAAACUUCACACAAUCCGUGCUCUUCAGGAUUGCCGAUACCUUGCCUCACUCAACCUGGAUUUCUUGUCAACCUGCUCGAAAACCGUCAAUAGAACUAGCGAAACCCUCACGGUCUAUGAAGCUGACAACAUCCAAACCUUGCUCAGUUCCAUCCUAACCAACCUCCUAACCUGCUGGGAGAGCUUGGAGUCCACAGAUUCAUCUGGGACUGUCAAGAAUUACCUUUCGGAUUCUAUUUUUAAUGAUUCUAAACUGCACAGUGUUUCUCUUGCUCUUUUCACAGAAGGUUGGGUGCCUAAACGGAGAGCUCAUGACAUAGCAUCACAGCCAAGGGCAUAUCAUCCUACAUUCGGAAACGGACGCUUGCCGCAGCUGAAAAUGUCGAGCCGAAACCGUAAGAUUUUCGAGUCGGCUCGGCGGCAUCGGAGACAACUCGCUGAGGUUGCAGCAAAUAAUGGAUCUGUUGUGGUGAAGGACAUCGUAGUGGUGAAUAAAGAUGGAAGUGGGAACUUCACCACCAUCAACGACGCUAUCACCGCAGCUCCGAACAACUCAGAUGCUUCCAGUGGCUACUUUUUGAUAUAUGUCACUGCAGGCGAAUACCAAGAGUAUGUGUCAAUUCCAAGUAACAAAAAGUACUUGCUCAUGGUUGGAGACGGUGUCCGUCAAACGAACAUCACAGGGAACAGAAGCGUAGGAGAUGGAUGGACUACUUUCAACUCCGCAACAUUUGCUGUGGCAGCAGAAGGCUUUUUUGCUGUGGGCAUAACUUUCCGCAACACAGCAGGACCAAGCAAAGGGCAAGCAGUAGCAGUCCGAAAUGGAGCCGAUUUGUCAACAUUUUACAUCUGUAGCUUUGAAGCCUACCAAGAUACUCUAUAUGCACAUUCUCAAAGACAAUUCUACAGAGAAUGUGAUAUCUACGGCACUGUAGAUUUCAUCUUUGGAGAUGCUGCUGCUGUGUUCCAAAACUGCAACCUAUUUCCCCGAUCUCGACCGCAAGGGCUAUCCAAUUACAUCACCGCUCAAGGCCGUAACGACCCCAAUCAAAACACGGGGAUUUCCAUCCAUAACUGCACUAUCAAAGUUGCAGAAAACUUGAAUGCUACCAUGUCAUAUCUUGGGAGGCCAUGGAAAGAUUACUCCAGGACUGUAUACAUGCAGUCUUUCAUGGACAAGUUGAUAAAUCCUGCAGGUUGGCGUCAAUGGAAUGCAAAUUUGAGCACCAUAUAUUAUGCAGAGUAUAAUAACACCGGUCCUGGAUCUGACACUUCUAUGAGAGUUACAUGGCCAGGAUACCACGCGAUUGGUGCAACUGAGGCUACUAAUUUUACGGUAUCCAAUUUUUUGUUAGGAGAUAAUUGGUUGCCUCGAACAGGAGUUCCGUAUACCGGUGGCUUGAUAUGA